GCAGUGCUCACUGCUCAGCGUUCAAUGCUCCCUCUUGCUUCUCCUCCUGCUUCUGCUUCUGCUUCCAUUCCCCAUCCACACACCCGCGCGUGGUUUCUCCUCUUUUCUUCCCUUAUCUCCACACUACUUCACACACCAUCCAGCUCAUCUUUGUCUUCUUCGACCCUUUCGACUCUUUUGACCUCUUCGUCGCCUGUCGCUCAUCCUCCCUACCACCCCUCGUCCUUGCCCUCGUAUUCUGGCAUCCGGGAGCCAAACUCUGCGACAGUGUCGAUCGCUCUCGUCCACCACUGCGAGCUCUGCACUUAGGGGAAUUUCGCCGGCACCAGUCCUCUCUAGCCGUGAGCUGCCAUUGACGAUCAGUACUGAUCCUCAUCAAUCCGAACUGCGACUAGCAAUUUUUCAAUACUGUCACCGAUCUACACUGAGCUUUUCGUUGACUCCUCACGAAAACCUUCAUCCAUCCUGCACAGCAUCAUUACAUCCUGCGAUACUUGACCGGCUGUCUGCAAGGACGUGGUGUUGGACAUUCGACUGGCAAGUCAAUGGACCGCAGCAUUGGGAACAGGGAUCUCGCUACCCGACAAGUCACAUUGCAAUCCACUCCAGCGGAAAACCACCACCAAUAAUUAACGCCUGACAUUUCUUCAUCACCCUCGCUGUCCCAAUCCCUUGGGUCAGCCGAACAACCAAUAGUCGCACCAUCAAGCCACCCGAUCUUUGUCUUCCAGGCCGUCUGGUGCGCUCUCGCUGAUUGCCUUCUAUCUCCUAUGACACCAUAUCUGUCAGGCCAUCCAUUCCACUCUGCCAAUGGAAGGGGCGGAAGCACAACCGUCAAAGGAAAAGAAGGGUUUGAAAACGGUCUGGAAUAGAAUCAAGGACCUCUUUAGAGAGAAACCCGCCGCCGCACAAGAUCCUCUCUCUGCCACCACUCCACCGUCUGUUUCCGCUGCUCCUGUCGCUCCCCAGACGGAAGAAGCUGUAGAUACCACCAAACCGUCAGUGACAUCCAAUCCCCCAGAGCCAUCGUCACUAAAGCUUCACAGGGGACCUCCCAUCGAGCAUUCGCCUGAACAGCCAGCCGACGAGACAGCCGAAGAACCUGAGCAGCCCAGCGAGCCUGUCUCGACAUCGCCACAAGAACCUGUUGAUCCGAAGCAAGACUCCACAGCCGAGUCACACAUGCGGUUCACCAAAGCACAAGCAAUCUUUGCCAGGCACAACCUGGAACUGGAUGAGACAGAAUGGGAACCCAGGUACAGAGUACCUCAAGAAAGGGUGUACAAGAACAUACGUAUGAGAGUCAGGUACACCUGUCACAAUUGUUCAACGACGUUUGGGCGCGAUAGGAUAUGCAUGGGAUGUCAACACCGACGUUGUACUCGAUGCUCACGGUACCCGCCAAAGAAAGACCGGACGAAACACUCGCAAGACCCGACAACCACUGGGUCCCCGGAACUCAUCACUGACGUCCCUCGACCAAGUGCUGAAGGUGGAACGUGCCAUGAAUGUCAGAGUGGUUUCGAGAUUGACGCUGAAGAAUGUCCCAACUGCCACCACCGAAUUUGCGAGAGAUGCCUGCACGAAGCCACCAUCUCUGUUGAACCGAGCCAUGAAACCACCCAGGAAGCAACUCAAGAGGCGCCGGAGGUCGAACAAUCUGAACAACGGAAGCCCACUCUACAAGAAUCAUCCGCUGUCAGCUAGCAUUGGUGACUGUUUGCCUCUGGCACCGUUAUCGUGCUAGGGACACAACCUCUACCAACAUUCUCAUAUCUGAUAUUUUCUGAGCAUUUUGACGAUGCGAUGAUGACUUUUCUACGACUACUUGCCCUUUCUCGAUCUGAGCGUUCCAGUCCUAAUUAUCAUGGGUUGGUGUUCACGGUGUUGCGUUUGCAGGACUUUCCGUUUGACAUUAUUUUGAAUCUCUCUUGAGCGCAAAAAGCGAAAAUGUUCGUCUGGAGUUGGGAGUUGUUUUUCUGGGGUCGCUUCAAUACCCUGCGAAUACCAGAAGGGCUGGUCUUACAUUGGAAGAGAAGGAUUUAGGGUCUACAGGAAAGUUGAAAACUGGGAAGUCAGGAAAAGAGACGGGUGACUAGGAUCUGAGGAUUCUGACGCCACCACCGUACAGCAGGAGCACAUUUCAAAGGAUACAAUUGAGGAAGGAUAGGAAUCAGGAUGGAUUAGAGCAAUGGCGAUUCUUGCUCUGCAUAUUGGACGGCGACUCUGCAGCCUCGAUCUUGUCCUCUUGGUGAGGCUGGUCUCUACGAUACAAAUGAAGAAAUAACAGCGCCACUCCACUGCUUGCA